AUGGGUGUAGAAUCUCAAGAAAUUAUAGAUGUAGAAUUUCAAAAUGGUAUGGAUGUAGAAUCUCAAGAAAUUAUAGGUGUAGAAUUUCAAGAUGGUAUGGGUGUAGAAUCUAAAGAAAGUAUAGGUGUAGAACUUCAAGAUAGUAUGGGUGUAGAAUUUCAAGAUGGUGUAGAAUUUCAAGAUGGUAUGGGUGUAGAAUUUCAAGAUG